UUUCCGAGGUGAACAACAUGAACAUGAGCGCCAAGGACCAGCAGCUGCAUAACAUUUACCUGCGACAGAAAUUCAAGGUCGAGGAAGGCGGGCGGCGCGUUACCCAGCCGCGUGUUCACCCCGCGCCCCUCGCUACUGAAGGAGCUGCUCACGGUCAACCACAUGGAGAGUAUUUACAACAUCUUCGCGGCCAUCCUCGUCCUCCUAUUCUUUAACAAGGUGCUGGACGAGAUUGUAACCACGGGAAGCCCUAACCUCGACUUGUCAACCAUCGCGUGGGCCUUCGGGAAGCUGGACCGCGUGAUCGUGACGUGGGUGUGCAUGUUCACCAGCACCUCCGUCCUCAUCUACCUCGCCUUUAACCACUGGGCCCACCACCGGCACACCAUGCCAGUGCUGUACGACGUGGUUGCCGGCGUGCUGUACGUGAUCUACCUGUGUCUGUUCAUGUACCUGCCCCUCCAGUCCCUGCUGUACUAUGACCUCCCCACGGCCUCCUCCUUCAUCGUCCUCUGUGAGCAGGUCCGCAUGUUCAUGAAGACCUGGGCAUUUGUGCGGAGUAAUUCAGGGCGGGCGCGGAGCUACAAGAAGAAUGACGACACCUCAAGUAAUGGCCAAAACACCUCGAUCCUCUGCCCAGACUUCUCCCACUACCUCUACUUCCUCUUCGCCCCCACGCUGGUCUACAGGGACGAGUAUCCAAGGAACGAGAGCUGUGACUGGCAGAAGGUGUUGAACGACUUGGGUCAGGUCGUUGGCUGCCUCUUCUAUAUUCACUUCCUCUUCGUGCGGUUCUGUGUCCCGGUCUUCCAGAGGUUUGGCCGGGAGUCCUUCAACGGGACUACGCUGCUGGUGGGGAUGUUCUCCUGCAUGUUUCCGGGCUCACUUGUGCUCCUCUGCAGCUUCUUCGCCAUCCUGCACGCCUGGCUCAACGCCUUCGCAGAGAUGAUGAGGUUCGCCGACCGCAUGUUCUAUAAGGACUGGUGGAACUCGACCUCCUACGCACGCUUCUACCGGACGUGGAACUGUGUGGUGCAUGACUGGCUCUACGAGUAUGUGUACCGUGAUAUUGUCAACUGGCAGAGGCGUCAAGGCGAGGGCUGCAUCCGCCUGCGCUGCCUCCCCAUGCUGGUGGUGUUUUUCAUCUCCUCGGUGGUGCAUGAGUACAUCCUCGCCUUCGCCUUCAGGUUCUUCUACCCAGUCCUGCUUGUCAUGUUCGGGGGAUUUGGCGUGGCCUUCAUGUUCGUCAACACCAAGGCGCGCAAGUUCAACAUCUUCCUGUGGGUGACGCUGAUCCUGGGCACGGGCAUCCUCAUGUGUCUGUACAGCAUGGAGUGGUACGCGCGCAUCAACUGUCCGCCGACCUACGACGGCUUCUUGGACUACGUUGUUCCUCGGAGUCUCAACUGUGAAUUCUCGUCCAACUGAACCUUAAUAAAUAGUCUGCCAGCGGUCCAUUUGGCUGAGUCUAUGGCCUGGAUUCUCACAUGCUCUUGGCUCUCACAACAACCAUUUCCAAGGCCAUAAAGGAGAUUAGUCGAGUUCUCAUGAGUGUUACUACAUGUUAAUGGUGCAGAAACCUUGCCAGACUAUCACUAGGCUCGUAACACUACCUAUGGAAAUACUAACACAACCUCUACCAAAGCCUUAUACCUCAAAAUGUUGGAGAAUAUGGGCAUAAGUGUCACCCCUCCACAACAUGUCCUCAGCCUGUUCAGAGCUUGUCCACAUCCCUGCCAGCAUAGUGCCUUUAUCAGUGCCAGACCUCACAAUUUGGCACCACAGCCUUCAGGAAUAUGUGCAAAGCCUCUGCCCUUAUCUCCCUUGGCACCCUUCCCAGCAGCCUUGGCACUCUUCACAGCAGCCUUGGCACCCUCACAGCCUGUCCACAGCCUUGCCAGUGCCAGGAACAAACAACACAGAUUUAAAGACACAGUAUAGUGCAAAGUUAAAAAGAUUUAUUCUUUGAAACAGAUCAAUUUCUCAUGUGCUUCGAGAGGUGGAAAACUCCCCCACAACACGAAACGUUCCUGUUGACUAGUCUGACUCGUGCCAAAUGAAUAACGUUCCUAUGCACAUCUGCCUUAACAAGAGGGACCAUGGUGUGCUUGUGUAGCUGUAGAAUAGGAGCAUGUGGCCAGUAUGUCCUAGGUAUGGUCAGGCCCUUGAAGAAGUACUUAGAGCCUCAAAAAACUCUAUUGUAUCAGCAUCUCUCUUUCAGCCACCUCAUCAGCAUCUCUCUUUCGGCCACCUCUUUGGAUUCUUUUUGUGAGCAGCGAGUAGCGGGCUUUUUUUUAUUUAUUAUUGUUUACUUUUUUUUUGUGCCCUUGAGCUGUCUCCUUUGUUGUAAAAAAAAAAAUGAAUUUGGAUUUCGCACGGCUCUUUUGGUAACAGCGUGGCGCGUGUAAUGGAGCUGGCCACACUCUCCUACGCUGUGGCUCUUGUUGCAUGCAUUGUUGUGUUUGUUGUAUAUAUGUUUUUAGUUUUGUAUAAGGUGUGUAUGAGAGAAUUAGAUUGUUUGUAUUUGAGAUGUUUUUUAGUCAUGGAAGUUCUGAGAUUUUUUUUUUAUGAACUAGAAAUUGGAAAAAUGUUAUAUAAUGGGUUUGUUAAGUGUAUAUAAAGGUUAGUCUGCAUAUUCAAAGUUUUGUAUAUAAAGUUUGCAUGAGAAUUGGCUUGUUAAUUUUGUAUAUAAGUGACUUCUGAGUCUUUUUAUAUUAACUAGAAAUUGAAAGAAAUGUUAUAUAGUAGGUCUGUUAAGAGUAUAAAUAUAAUGCUACAUAUCCAGAGUCUUGUAUAUAAAGUUCGUAUAAGAGCUUGAGUGUCGGUUUUGUAUAUGAUUAAGUUCCGAGUCUUUUUAUAUUAACGAAACUGACGGAAAUGUUAUGUAGUGAGUUUGUUAGAUGUAGAAAUAUCAGUCUACAUAUUCAAAGUCUUGCGUAUAAAGUUUGUAUGAGAGUUUAUUUGUUGAUUUUAUAUAUAAGCAAGUUCCGAGUCGUUUUACAUUAACUUGAAAUUGAAAGAAAUUUUACGCACAGGGUUUGUUAAGUG